AAAGUAAAAGAAAACAAAUUAAGGAAUAUUAAGGUGAGAUGGCAAACAAAUACGUUGCAUUGUUGUUGGUGUGCCUUGUUGUGGCUAUAGGUGUUGAGGCAAUAACCCUCGAGGAAAGACGAAAAGACUGCUACGAGUAUUGCUACAAUGCUUGCAUAUACCCCGCGGUAUUCUGCAAAUGGUUUUGUGGUGGCCGGUGCAAAAACCCAAUACUUUGGGAGACAGCUGACGAAUAUAACGGAAAAAUAGGCACAAAUAGCUUAGAUGAUGACGCAUCAAAAAAGAAGUAUCCUGUACCAACAGAAAAAGACUACAAGGCCUAUCGCUCGGCCCCAUCAUCAACAGAAAAAGACAACAAUGUCCCAUCCCCAUCAAAUACGAAGAAUGAGAUGUAAGAUAGACUGAAAUGGAAACAGAGCACGAGCCCAAGUAUCAUUUUAGUAGAAUGCAAUUGUGUCUAUAUAUAUGGAGUGUGUUUGUCAAGGUUUUCUAGUUAGAUGUAGCUUAAUUAAAAUGCUCGUCUUAUCAAAAUACAUGUAUUUACUAAAGAAACUCAUAUUAGUCGUUUUCAGUGUGUUCAUAAAGUUACUUAAUGUAACAUUUAGAAUACGUUUCAUUGUUAAAAUUUGAUAGACAGGAAAAUAAAUAUAACAAUAAUUGUUCUUCUUU